AUGUUCACUCGCCGUUUCCUACAACGCGCGCCUCGCGCUGUCGUCUCGCAGCCACGCUUCCUCAGCACCACUGCUCCCCGCUUCGCUUCAAAAGACACGCAAGACAAGGACUCUCUCAAGCCUCGCUCGAACGAAUAUUCCAAGUCCGGGUCCGAUGACGCAGCCGCCCACUCUGAUGCCGCCUUCGAUCCCAACAAGACGAGCCCCGAGGCCGCAGAACAGACAGCAGAGGCGGAAGGAAAGGGCGAGGGCGGUGAGAGCGAUGCGCUGAACGUCAGCCCGGGCAACCCUGAGGUCAGCAAGCCAAGAGGUGCACAGGAAGGAGGGGCCUCGGAGGGUGUCAGGACGAAGACGAGUGGUGGCGGAAGCGCGCCGAAGAGUGGUGGGAGCAAGAGCGGUUGA